AUGAAGACAGGACAGUUUGAAAUGGUUACCAUGUUGCUGGCAGUUGUGAUCCUAAUGGACGUCUUCCAGGUGAAGUCUGAAAUAUUAGACAUGGCAGAUAAUGCAUUUGAUGAUGAAUACCUGAAAUGCACUGACAGGAUGGAGAUCAAAUAUGUUCCCCAGCUGCUAAAGGAGGAAAAAGAAAGCCAUCAGCUCUUGGCAACUGUGUGGGAAAAUGCAAAAGCUAAAUGGGAAGCUCAGAAAACUCAGCUCUUUCUCCCUAUGAGUUUUAAGGAUAAUCAUGGCAUAGCCCUGAUGGCAUAUAUUUCUCAAGCUCGAGAGAAAACUCCCUUUUACCACAUGUUCAAUGAAGCUGUGAAGAUGGCUGGCCAAUCUCGAGAAGAUUACAUCUAUAGUUUCCAGUUCAAAGCUUUUCACUUUUACCUGACAAGAGCCCUGCAGUUUCUGAGAAGCCCUUGUGAGGAUACAUACAAAAAUGUAGUGUAUGCUACAAGCCAGGGUACUUCAUUUCUGUUUGGAGGACUAAACCAAGCCAGAUUUGGUCGUUUCACCUUGGCAUAUUCAGCCAAACCUCAAACUGUUAAUGACCAGGAGAGCCUGCUAACUAUCAACACAUGCUUUGGCAUUUCCAUUGAUAAAUUUUUAGAUAAAAAAAGUAAAGGAAUCGUUUUAAUACCACUGAAUGAGGUCUUUCAUGUGACACAGGAAGAAGUUGGCAAUAACUUUAUUCUUCAAAGCACAAACAAGACUUGCAGCCAUUAUGAGUGUGCAUUUCUAGGCGGACUAAAAAGUGAAAAUUGUGUUGAGAACAUAGUGUAUUUUCAACCCGUCUAUGUCUACAGCUCUGCUGAGAAAAACCAGAAGCUUGAAGACCCUGGGAUGGAAAGCCAGGAGCCUACUGUGUUCUCUGGUUUGAAAAAUCGUGAACCCACCAAAACACCUGGAAUGAAAAGUCCACAUCCUGUUUCAUUACCUGGAAUGAAAGUCUUACAGAUGGAUGAAAAACCUGAAGUCAAAAGUCAUGGGGAUAUCCACAGACCUACUCCAGGCCCAUUUCCAGUUCCAGGUCCCAAAAUCCAUUCCUCUGCAUCCUCUGGUGAAAUGCUCCUUCCACGGUUUGGGACAGUCAUCACUUUAAUCUAUGCUUCUGCUGUCAAGUUCUUUGUUGCUCUCUAG